CAGCGUCUCUCAUCUCUCGGGGUGAUGGAGAGCACCCCGGCAAGGGGAGGACUGAACCGCGUGCACCUACAGUGCCGGAAUCUCCAGGAAUUCCUCGGGGGCCUGAGCCCUGGAGUGCUGGACCGGUUAUAUGGGCACCCUGCCACGUGUCUGGCGGUCUUCAGGGAGCUUCCCUCUUUGGCUAAGAACUGGGUGAUGCGGAUGCUAUUUCUGGAGCAGCCUUUGCCUCAAGCUGCUGUAGCCCUGUGGGUGAAGAAGGAGUUCAGCAAGGCUCAGGAAGAAAGCACAGGGCUGCUGAGCGGCCUCCGGAUCUGGCACACCCAGCUGCUCCCUGGUGGUCUCCAGGGACUCAUCCUCAACCCCAUCUUCCGCCAGAACCUCCGAAUUGCCCUUCUGGGUGGGGGGAAGGCCUGGUCUGAUGACACAAGUCAGCUGGGACCAGACAAGCAUGCCCGAGAUGUUCCCUCACUUGACAAGUACGCCGAGGAGCGAUGGGAGGUGGUCCUGCACUUUAUGGUGGGCUCCCCCAGUGCAGCCGUCAGCCAGGACUUGGCCCAGCUCCUCAGCCAGGCUGGACUCAUGAAGAGCGCUGAACCUGGGGAGCCCCCCUGCAUCACCUCCGCGGGCUUCCAGUUCCUGUUGUUGGACACGUCUGCCCAGCUCUGGUACUUCAUGCUGCAGUACCUGCAGACAGCGCAGAGCCGGGGCAUGGACUUGGUGGAGAUCCUCUCCUUCCUCUUCCAGCUCAGCUUCUCUACCCUGGGCAAGGAUUACUCUGUGGAAGGUAUGAGUGAUUCUCUGCUGAACUUCCUGCAGCAUCUGCGUGAGUUCGGGCUUGUUUUCCAGAGGAAGAGGAAAUCUCGGCGCUAUUACCCCACCCGCCUGGCCAUCAACCUCUCCUCAGGUGUCUCUGGGGCUGGGGGCACCGUGCACCAGCCAGGCUUCAUCGUCGUGGAGACCAACUACCGCCUGUACGCCUACACGGAGUCGGAGCUGCAGAUCGCCCUCAUCGCUCUCUUCUCUGAGAUGCUGUAUCGCUUCCCCAACAUGGUGGUGGCACAGGUGACCCGGGAGAGCGUGCAGCAGGCCAUUGCCAGUGGCAUCACAGCCCAGCAGAUAAUCCACUUCCUGAGGACGAGGGCGCACCCGGUGAUGCUCAAACAGACGCCUGUGCUGCCCCCCACCAUCACCGACCAGAUCCGGCUGUGGGAGCUGGAACGCGACAGGCUCCGCUUCACCGAGGGCGUCCUCUACAACCAGUUCCUGUCGCAAGUGGACUUCGAGCUGCUGCUGGCCCACGCGCGCGAGCUGGGCGUGCUGCUGUUCGAGAACUCGGCCAAGCGGCUCAUGGUGGUGACCCCGGCCGGGCACAGCGACGUGAAGCGCUUCUGGAAGCGGCAGAAGCACAGCUCCUGAUUGCGGGGGAACUGGGCCUGGGCGGGACCGGGCGGGGUGCGCGAGCCGGCCACGGCGUGGCCUCACAACUCAGGUGUUUUUUAUUUAUAUGCCAAGACACUUUUUGUGGAAUAAAGCUGUCUAAAAAGAGCCGAGAAA